CAAGCAUUACCCAUAAUUAUCUUCUUAAUUUGUUUCUUCAACUUUCCAAUAUGGAAAAAGUUGCAAAACUAACAAAGCUUAAGUCAGUGCUCAAGAAAUGGAACACCUUCACAUAUUACAACAAUAAUAAGCACAACCGCUCCAGCAUCAGAGCGGUUGCUAACGAUGAUGUUGACUCAUGUGCGUUGUCGGGACAAGACCUUCGCCCAGUGUUCGUUGGAAAGACGCGACGACGUUACCUUGUAAAUUCUGAGGUUGUUGAACAUCCGCUUUUCCGGGAGCUUGUGGAUAGGUCUCGUGACUCGACCGAUGUAAACAUCGAUGAUGAUGAGGUUAACGUGGCUUGCGAGGUUGUCCUAUUCGAGCAUAUGUUGUGGAUGCUCGAGAACUCUGAUCCUCAACCUGAAUCGCUGGAUGAACUUGUUGAUUAUUACAGUUGCUAGAUGUGUCGUGUUACUUGUUGCAAAAGCAAUUGCAGAUUAUGUGUAACAAUUUAAAGCAAAUUAACGAUCAUGCAUUAAUGGUGAUGAUGACAAUAACAUCCCUUGUAUGAAAAUAUACAUAAUUAAUGCAUGAUCCUUGAUAUUGAUUGUAAUUUAUUUAUAAGAUAUGAUUAACCAGAGAUUGGUCAUUGAGAUCAAUCAGGUGGUGUAUUGCUUUAUGAAUCGUUUUGAAGUCUCACCUUGAUUUUAAUUCUUUUUUUACUUCUAAUAAAAAUUAUUAUUAUGAGCAUUA